AUGGAAGCCCUGGGCAAGUCCACGGCGUGGCUGCGGGCCGAGCUGGCCUCCCCGUCUCCCCGCCUGCACAUCCUCGACUGCCGUAGCCGGGAACUGUACGACUCGUCCCACGUGGAGCGGGCGCUGAGCGUGGCCCUCCCGGGACUGCUGCUCCGCCGCCUCCGCAAGGGGAACCUUUCGGUCUGCUCUUUGCUCCCCGGGCCGCCGUGCGGCCUCGGGGGCAACACCGUCUUGCUGUACGAUGAGGGGACGCUCCACCUGUCCCAAGCGAGGGACCGGGAAGAGGACAACGAGGAGUCGGUGCUGAUGACCCUGCUGCAGAAGCUGCAAGAGGAAGGGUGCCUGGCCUACUACCUGCAGGGAGGCUUCAGCAGGUUCCAAGCCGAGUGCCCGCACCUCUGCGAGACCAACCUCGACCCGGCCAGCACCAGCAACUCGCCCGUGCCCCUGGCGGCCUCCGUGGUGGGGCUGGGGGGCCUGAGCCUGAGCUCGGACUGCUCGGAUGCCGAGUCGGAGCCCCUGAGCAGCGGCGGCAUGGAGUCGGAGGGGGCCAGCCCCCCCUCCUUCCCCGUGCAGAUCCUGCCCAACCUCUACCUGGGCAGCGCCCGCGACUCCGCCAACAUGGACACCCUGGCCAAGCUGGGCAUCCACUACAUCCUCAACGUCACGCCCAACCUGCCCAACCUCUUCGAGAAGAACGGCGACUUCCACUACAAGCAGAUCCCCAUCUCGGACCACUGGAGCCAGAACCUGUCGCAGUUCUUCCCCGAAGCCAUCGAGUUCAUUGGUGAGUGGCGGGGAGGGGAGGCCGAUCCGGAUUGCUGCCCGUUCCCAGGCGGGUGCUGGGGCUGCCUCCCCACUUAG